AUGUCUUUUAUUUAUGGGGAUCCGGUCCCCCAAAAUCGAGUAAAAGUAUGGGAUAAAUUAUCGGAUAUCGGGUCUUUCCGUGUUGAUCCGUGGUUUAUGAUUGGUGAUUUCAAUGAAUUGAGUGGUAAUCAUGAGAAAAGGGGAGGUGCUUUGCGUCCAGCCUCUUCUUUUGUGCCUUUUAAUUCCAUGAUCCGACAUUGUGGGAUGUUAGAGUUUCCUUGUUAUGGUGAGCAUUUAUCAUGGAGGGGUAAUCGGUGCAAUAACCAGGUUGUUCGGUGCCGGUUAGAUCGUGCUUUGGGUAAUGAGGACUGGCAAGGUUUUUUCCCGAAUUCCAAGGUAGACUAUUUGGAUAUGAUUGGUUCUGAUCAUUGUCCAAUUUUGGCAACUUGUCUGAAGACACAUAUAAAACGGAAUCGGCAAUUCCGUUUUGACAAAUGCUGGUUGGGGAAGGAUGGAUUAUCCGGGGCAGUUGAGUCAGGUUGGAAUCGUACUAUAAAUUUCCGGCCUACGGGCUUUGUGGAUAAAAUAAAGAAUUGCAGGAAUUCGAUUUCUUGGUGGAGAAAGAAUAAUAUUUUUUCUGGCCCAAGACUCAUUUCGUCCUUAAAGGCGGCGUUACAGGAGGCGAAAAUGGAUGAUUCAAUUUCUCAGGAGGAAAUUCGAGGUAUAGAGAGGAAAUUAAAAGAAGCAUAUCGGGAUGAGGAGUUAUAUUGGCAACAAAAGAGUAGGAAGUUCUGGUUAAGGGUUGGGGAUAAGAAUACAAAAUUUUUCCAAGCUUCUACUAAACAGCGUCGGGUAAGAAAUAGGAUCAUUGGUCUUUUUGAUACAGAUAAUGUAUGGAAUGAAUCGGCUUCAGGUAUGGAGAAUAUUGCUACAAAAUAUUUUGAGGACCUUUUUAGGAAUUCAGAUGCUCAAGGUGUGUCAGAGAUGUUACAGGAGGUUACCCCUUUAAUAUCGGAUACUAUGAAUAGAGAUCUAAUUCGGGAUAUUUCUGAAGCCGAAGUUCGGAAAGCUCUGUUUGCUAUGCACCCGGAGAAGACACCAGGACCUGAUGGUAUGACGGCCUUGUUUUUUCAACGAUUCUGGUCUUCCUUAAAAGGGGAUUUAGUGGCUCUAGUCAGAGAGUUUUUCCGUUCAGGACGUUUUGACCCGUGUUUAAAUGAGACGAAUAUUUGUCUUAUUCCUAAAGUUGAUCGUCCGCAGCGGAUGGCGGAGUUUAGGCCGAUAAGUCUUUGUAAUGUGAGCUAUAAAAUUAUUUCUAAGAUCCUGUGUUUUCGGCUUAAGCGGUUUCUCCCAUCUUUGGUUUCCGAAACUCAGUCGGCUUUUGUUUCGGGUCGUUUAAUAACGGAUAAUAUAUUGGUUGCGCAGGAGAUGUUUCAUGGGUUAAAUACUAAUAAUAGGUGCAAGUCGGAAUUUCUGGCUUUCAAAACGGAUAUGAGUAAGGCUUAUGACCGUGUAGAAUGGGCUUUUUUAGAGGCAGUCAUGGUUAAGUUAGGGUUUGAUCGGAAUUGGAUCUCUUGGAUCAUGUGGUGUGUAUCUUCGGUGUCGUAUCAAGUUCUUCUUAAUGGUCAACCCCGGGGUUUUAUUAAACCACAGCGGGGUCUUCGUCAGGGGGACCCGUUGUCACCGUACUUGUUUAUACUCUGUACAGAGGUUCUGAUAGCGAAUAUCAAAAAGGCAGAACGGGAGAAAAAGGUAACGGGUAUCACAAUCGCCCGGGAUAGUCCUACCAUUUCGCAUUUGUUGUUUGCUGAUGACAGUCUUUUCUUCUGUAAAGCAGAGGCGACAGAAUGUCAGACGGUCAUGGAAAUUAUCAGGAAUUACGGCAAAGCCUCAGGACAAGAGGUUAAUUUAGAGAAAUCAUCUAUAAUGUUUGGCAAGAAGGUUCCUACUGAGAUAAGGGAUCAGUUGAAGUCAGUUAUUGGUAUUACCAAAGAGGGAGGUAUGGGAUCUUAUUUGGGCAUUCCUGAAAGCCUCCAGGGUUCAAAAAAUAAGGUUUUUGGAUAUGUCAAGGAUCGAUUGGAUGAUCGUGUCAAUGGUUGGAAUGCAAAGCUUUUAUCAAAAGGUGGUAAGGAGAUUAUGAUUAAAUCGGUGGCUUUGGCACUUCCCACGCAUGUGAUGUCCUGCUACAAAUUGCCGCAAGAGUUGACAUCUAAAUUAACGAGUGCUAUUUCCACUUUUUGGUGGAAAUCCAACGAUAAGGCUCAUGGUUUACAUUGGGUGGCUUGGGAUAAACUAUGUAAGGAUAAGUGUGAUGGGGGUCUAGGUUUCAGAGCCUUGGAACAAUUUAAUGAUGCUAUGUUAGCAAAACAGUAUUGGCGUUUAAUUCAACACCCGACGUCAUUAAUGGCGAGGGUUUUGAAAGGCCGAUAUUUUAGCAAUAAACACCCGCUUAUGGCCAAAAAACCUUCUAAUCCCUCCUUUGCCUGGAGGAGUAUUUUUUCAACGAAAGAUUUAGUGGAAUAUGGAGCGCGAUGGGCGGUAGGUUCGGGUAGUUCUAUUUCGGUUUGGAGAGAUCCAUGGAUUCCGGAUAUUAGACCACGUCCUGCCAAUGGUCGGGGACGACUCUGGUUACCGAGCUUGAUGGUGAACCACUUAAUUAAUCCUGUCACGAAGGAUUGGCACUUGCCUACUCUAGAAGAGUUUCUGGAUCCGGGGGAUAUACCGAUUAUUCGGCGUAUGUCGGUCAGUAAGGUCCAGCAACGGGAUCGGUUAGUAUGGCAUUUUACCAAGUCAGGGAAGUAUACGGUUAAAUCAGGUUAUAGAUUAGCCAGAGAACUGAUGACGGAAGUCGAAUACGGACCAACAUGUAUGGCCCUCAGGGCCCAGGUGUGGAAGCUGGAUGUUCCCCCAAAGGUCCAACAUUUUUUCUGGCAGAUUGCGUCGGGCACCCUCCCAGUGCUCGAACGACUUGCGUAUAGGGGUAUCCGGUGUGAUACACUCUGCAAACGGUGUGGGGCUGCACCAGAAACUAUCAAUCAUGCUCUCUUUGAGUGCCCUCGCUCGCUCGAUGUUUGGGAGUUGUCCCUAGUUUCGUUAGUCCCCGAUGGCUUUCCAUUUGCUUCAAUUUAUGCAAAUUUAGACUUUAUUUUUUGGCGGGCAGCCUCUCAGUCGGGGGAUUCGGAUGUAGCUAAUCGUCUUCCUUGGAUACUUUGGACAUUAUGGAAAGAUAGGAAUAAAAAAGUUUUUCAGGGGUUACAGGCCGAGCCGACGGAAAUUCUACACCAGGCGAAUAAUGAUAAAUUACUAUGGGAAGAAGCAAAAUCCUAUUCGGAUAGGUAUUUGCAUACUACGCCUCUGGUGGAGGAUAGGGGAGCGUUUCCUCGAUGUCAGAUUGAUGGUUCUUGGAAAGGGUCAGAUGCUAUGCAGGGUCUAGGAUGGUGGUGUUGUAGUGAUGAUGAUGCGACUCUCCUUUUGGGAGCACGGAGUCAGAGAUGCGGUCCUACAUCCUUACAUGCAGAGCUACAAGCCUUGAUUUGGGCUAUGGAGUCACUCUUGGCGGCUGGAGUUGGAUGUCAAAGCUUUGAGACAGACUGUGCAGAAUUGGUGGCGAUGGUGCAGACGCCUGACGAUUGGCCAUCUUUUUCGAACCUAUUGUCUAGCCCGUUCUUCAAGAUUGCUUUCCUCUGA